CAAAUUUCGAAAUUUCGAGCUAAACUCUAUCCAGAAAUGUCAACCAUUCGUAACAUCGGUUAUCCGGAGAUACCAAUUAAUUCACAUGCAUAUUUACGUCCACCAUCAUCAUUAAGUUUACCAUCAAAUAGUGGUGAUUCUGGUUUUUUACCAUCAAGAUAUGGUAGCGCAACUGUUUCAACAACCAAUAGCCAUGCUGGAAUUAGUUCAACUUCUGGUAAUACAUCCAUUGGUUCAUCACCGAUACCAACAGAACAGGAUAUUGAUCAAGUAUUACGUAAAGCAGUGGAAUUGCUAACGCUUAGAAAUGAAGCACUCAAACAUGCUGGUGCUUCCACAAAGUUUACCGAUGUUCGAUAUCCUAACGAUGUUUCCAAUUUUUACGAUUUCAAUGUGACAAAUCCAACAGUAAAUGAUAUUGCAUCAUAUGAAAAACAACAAACAAAUCAUCUACGAUCGAAACGUUUACCACCUUGUGCGCGUAAAUCACCAAAACCGGAUAGUUACAAAACAGUGAUGUGCCAAGCUUGGCUCGAAAGUGGAAUAUGUAGUUUUGCGGAGAAUUGUCGUUUUGCUCAUGGUGACGAAGAGUUACGCCCUUGCAACAGAUUACCGACAAAAAAUCCUAAAUAUAAGACAAAAUUGUGCGACAAAUACACAAUGGCUGGCCUUUGCCCAUAUGGUGAUCGUUGUUUAUUCAUUCAUCCAGGAGUGUCAAAUGCAUCAAAUCCGUAUAUACAUCCUGAUCGGUAUUUGAAAAUGCAACGUGAACGUGCUCUUCUGACAUCUAUUAACAGUGUUAAUUUGGAAGCUCCUCAGUUAUCAUUAUCAAAUCCUAUAACUAAUCGUCCACCACCAUCUUGGCCACUUGAAUCACCUGGAUUUUUUUCUGCUCAUCGUGAUCUGGAUCAAUUGCUUAAAUUGCAAUAUUUUACUGAAAAUGUAAAACCAUUAUCCAAAGAUCCAGAAGAAAUAUUAGCUACGAAAAAUUUGGAUCACACAUUGGUUCUUAGCGAUAUCACCAAUCAGACUAUGGUAUCGGUCCAAGCGACACCGAAUACUAUCUUGUCUACUGGUAAUUCGAAGAUAAGUGUUACAAAACAUGAUAGCCCAGAUUCCGGUAUUUCAUUUCAUGAUAACAAAGGAUCUGUAUUUCGUACAGCUGUCACUCCACAAUCCGAUACACUGAUGUCAUCAGAUUAUCCGUUUCAAUUUGCUAUUCAUGCUGAUAAUCUUGCACGCUCAUUAGCAUGCGAGUUUAAAGUCGAUUAAAGUGGUUGGAGA